AUGUGUGUUUGGAAAAAUGGAGUAAAUAAUAAAACAUGUGUAAUUUUUACAGAAUCAAGAAAAGACGAUAUUCGAAAGAUUUAUGACCAGAAGACAGAGAACUCAAUCGAAAAAACAAAAGAUUCCCAAGAUUUAACAAGCAGAGUUGUACAUCAAUCAACAGAAGAAACAAAUAUUUUAAAACUACAAAAAAUUGUUGAUGUACAAACGCGCCAAGUGCCGUGGAGAAAAAAGCCUCAAGAUCAUUCAAUCGAAACAAAAGCAGAAGAUACUUUACAGACAAAACACUGGCGAAAAACACGUGCUGAAGACUCUUCGAAAAUUAAAAAAGUAACAUCUUACGAUAAAAAUAUACUAUCUGUAGAAAGCGAGCAAUUAGACACAGAUAGAAAAAAAAAGAAAAUUGAGCACGUUAAAGACGAUGCAACUGAUAUAAAAAAGAAAGAAAUUGCAUCCACCGAGAAUGUUACAAAAGAACCAGUACCAUGGACUCAAGAAGGAAUUAAAUUGCGUCCUACAAAGAUAGAAAAAGUGGCCAUCCAAAAAGAUAAAAUAGAAGAUGUUAGCUUAAAACAAGUAAGAAAAAGUUCUCUUCAGAAAACUGAAACGCUACUUAUAGAAGAGUCCCUAACAGCUGUUGAAGACACGGUAAUACUAAAGGUCACAGAUUCUGACAAAAUACUAACAGAAACAAGUAGUGAAACGCCAAUAUGGCGUCGCAAAAAGAAAUAUACUGAAAAAACCGAAACUCAAUCAGACGUAGUUGUAGAUGAAUUUCAAAACCAAACCAAAGUUUAUCAUGAAGAAGGAAAAUCUCAGGAAGUGUACCAAAACUCAAAACAAAAGGAAAAACCAAUAGAACAACCUAAAGAGGUUACUUGGCGCACUGGCAAGAGAAAACCUAUAGAAGAACAAACUAGAGAAGUGAUAGAUCUAAAACCUAUUCGCAAAAAUGAGACAAUCAGUAAAGAGAAACCUGAAGAUGUUCAUCUCAGAUCUAUUCCUAAAAUUAAAACAAAAGUUGAAGAUCAAUUUGAUGAUAAAUUGCUUACAGGUAAGAGACCUACUGAGGGUGAACACCCUAUUGAAGAAGUGGUGCUUAAGCCUGUGCCGAAAACAAAGCCACUUAAAGAUGAAGAACCUGUUGAAGGUGUGGUGCUCAAACCUGUGCCAAAAUCAAUGGCAUCUGAAGAAAAAGAACAACCACAUCUCGUACAUCUGAAACCCGCUUCUGAAGAAAAACCUCAAGAAGUUGUACAACCUAAAGAAGUUAAAUGGCGCACAGGCAAACAGCGACCAAAAGAAGUACAACCUGUUGAAGAAGUAGUACUCAAACCUGUGCCGAAAACAAAGGCACCCGAAGAAGAACUCCCGCAGGUUGUCCAAUUAAAACCCCCUGUUAAAGAAAAACCAAAAGAAGAUGAAGAACCUAAACAAGUUAAAUGGCCAACAGGCAAACAGCGACCAAAAGAAGUACAACCUGUUGAAGAAGUAGUACUCAAACCUGUGCCGAAAACAAAGGCACCCGAAGAAGAACUCCCGCAGGUUGUCCAAUUAAAACCCACUGUUAAAGAAAAACCAAAAGAAGAUGAAGAACCUAAAGAAGUUAAAUGGCCAACAGGCAAACAGCGACCAAAAGAAGUACAACCUGUUGAAGAAGUAGUACUCAAACCUGUGCCGAAAACAAAGGCACCCGAAGAAGAACUCCCGCAGGUUGUCCAAUUAAAACCCACUGUUAAAGAAAAAACAAAAGAAGAUGAAGAACCUAAAGAAGUUAAAUGGCCAACAGGCAAACAGCGACCAAAAGAAGUACAACCUGUUGAAGAUUUAGUACUCAAACCUGUGCCGAAAACAAAGGCACCCGAAGAAGAACUCCCGCAAGUUGUCCAAUUAAAACCCACUGUUAAAGAAAAACCAAAAGAAGAUGAACAACCUAAAGAAAUUAAAUGGCCAACAGGCAAACAGCGACCAAAAGAAGUACAACCUGUUGAAGAAGUAGUACUCAAACCUGUGCCGAAAACAAAGGCACCCGAAGAAGAACUCCCGCAGGUUGUCCAAUUAAAACCCACUGUUAAAGAAAAACCAAAAGAAGAUGAAGAACCUAAAGAAGUUAAAUGGCCAACAGGCAAACAGCGACCAAAAGAAGUACAACCUGUUGAAGAAGUAGUACUCAAACCUGUGCCGAAAACAAAGGCACCCGAAGAAGAACUCCCGCAAGUUGUCCAAUUAAAACCCACUGUUAAAGAAAAACCAAAAGAAGAUGAAGAACCUAAAGAAGUUAAAUGGCCAACAGGCAAACAGCGACCAAAAGAAGUACAACCUGUUGAAGAAGUAGUACUCAAACCUGUGCCGAAAACAAAGGCACCCGAAGAAGAACUCCCGCAAGUUGUCCAAUUAAAACCCACUGUUAAAGAAAAACCAAAAGAAGAUGCAGAACCUAAAGAAGUUAAAUGGCCAACAGGCAAACAACGACCAAAAGAAGUACAACCUGUUGAAGAAGUAGUACUCAAACCUGUGCCGAAAACAAAGGCACCCGAAGAAGAACUCCCGCAGGUUGUCCAAUUAAAACCCACUGUUAAAGAAAAACCAAAAGAAGAUGAACAACCUAAAGAAGUUAAAUGGCCAACAGGCAAACAGCGACCAAAAGAAGUACAACCUGUUGAAGAAAUAGUACUCAAACCUGUGCCGAAAACAAAGGCACCCGAAGAAGAACUCCCGCAGGUUGUCCAAUUAAAACCCACUGGUAAAGAAAAACCAAAAGAAGAUGAAGAACCUAAAGAAGUUAAAUGGCCAUCAGGCAAACAGCGACCAAAAGAAGUACAACCUGUUGAAGAAGUAGUACUCAAACCUGUGCCGAAAACAAAGGCACCCGAAGAAGAACUCCCGCAGGUUGUCCAAUUAAAACCCACUGUUAAAGAAAAACCAAAAGAAGAUGAAGAACCUAAAGAAGUUAAAUGGCCAACAGGCAAACAGCGACCAAAAGAAGUACAACCUGUUGAAGAAGUAGUACUCAAACCUGUGCCGAAAACAAAGGCACCCGAAGAAGAACUCCCGCAGGUUGUCCAAUUAAAACCCACUGUUAAAGAAAAACCAAAAGAAGAUGAAGAACCUAAAGAAGUUAAAUGGCCAACAGGCAAACAGCGACCAAAAGAAGUACAACCUGUUGAAGAAGUAGUACUCAAACCUGUGCCGAAAACAAAGGCACCCGAAGAAGAACUCCCGCAAGUUGUCCAAUUAAAACCCACUGUUAAAGAAAAACCAAAAGAAGAUGAAGAACCUAAAGAAGUUAAAUGGCCAACAGGCAAACAGCGACCAAAAGAAGUACAACCUGUUGAAGAAGUAGUACUCAAACCUGUGCCGAAAACAAAGGCACCCGAAGAAGAACUCCCGCAAGUUGUCCAAUUAAAACCCACUGUUAAAGAAAAACCAAAAGAAGAUGAAGAACCUAAAGAAGUUAAAUGGCCAACAGGCAAACAGCGACCAAAAGAAGUACAACCUGUUGAAGAAGUAGUACUCAAACCUGUGCCGAAAACAAAGGCACCCGAAGAAGAACUCCCGCAGGUUGUCCAAUUAAAACCCACUGUUAAAGAAAAACCAAAAGAAGAUGAAGAACCUAAAGAAGUUAAAUGGCCAACAGGCAAACAGCGACCAAAAGAAGUACAACCUGUUGAAGAAGUAGUACUCAAACCUGUGCCGAAAACAAAGGCACCCGAAGAAGAACUCCCGCAGGUUGUCCAAUUAAAACCCACUGUUAAAGAAAAACCAAAAGAAGAUGAAGAAUCUAAAGAAGUUAAAUGGCCAACAGGCAAACAGCGACCAAAAGAAGUACAACCUGUUGAAGAAGUAGUACUCAAACCUGUGCCGAAAACAAAGGCACCCGAAGAAGAACUCCCGCAGGUUGUCCAAUUAAAACCCACUGUUAAAGAAAAACCAAAAGAAGAUGAAGAACCUAAAGAAGUUAAAUGGCCAACAGGCAAACAGCGACCAAAAGAAGAACCUCAACUCGAAGAAAUGGCGCUCAGGCCAGUGCCAAAACAGAAGAUUCUUAAAGACAAACCAGCAGAAAAGACUAUAAGCGAAGUUAAAAGUAAACAUCAAGAAAAAACAGUAAUUGAACAUUUUGAUACAGACACAAAUGUUGAAGAAAGUAAAGAAGUUGGACCUAUAAUUAUUCAACCGAUCAAAGCCAUAACCCUAAAUGAAAACAAUGCCUUUGAACUUGAAGUUACAUUUCAACCGGAAGAAAAUAACCAUAUCACUUGGUUCUGUAAUAAUAAAAUACUUAAACAAAGCGACGAUUGCUAUAUAAAUAUUGAAAAUGGAAAAUCCACAUUAAAAAUUAUGAAUGCAGAUAAAAAGAAAGUAGGCAAAUAUGAAGUAGUAAUUGAGAAGGAUAAUAUUGUUUCGAAAUCCGCAAGCACUGUUAAAUUAGCAAAGUCAAAAGACGAGGAAAACAUAAAACCUCCCACUUUUAUUAAGCCUUUGCAACCAAAACAAGUUGAUGUAGGUGCUGUUGUUUUACUGCAAACAGUGGUACAGUCGAAUCCGUGUGCUUCAUUUCAAUGGUUUAUUGGUAAUAAGGAUGUUGUUAGUUAUACAAAGGAAAAUAAAAUUCACUACAUAUAUAUAACAAACAAAAACAAUGUUUCGUGUUUAUGCAUCGAAAAUAUGACACAAGAUCUUUUUGGAAUAAUUACAUGUAGAGCUGAAAAUUUUGGGGGUUCUGUUUCAUGUUCGGCCUCACUACUGAAACGGGAACACACUAGGCAGUCAUCAGGCAAACCGCCAGGAUUUGUCGUCAGGUUAAAAUCGGCAACGGUGAUGGAUGGAGAUGCAAUUCUAUUAAACUGCUCUGUUACUGGAGAACCAUGUCCUACAGUUGAUUGGUAUCAUAAUGAAAAAAAAAUUCAGUGGGCUAGAGAUGUAACUUUCGGUCGUCAAGAAUCGGGAUUAUGUGAACUAUGCAUAAAAGAAGCUUUCCCAGAAAUGUCGGGCAACUACAGUUGCGUAGCUACAAAUGAGCUUGGGUCUAGCAGCUGCGAAUGUUUUGUAACUGUGGAAGCAUACGAAUACGUGCCUAGUGUCUCUGAAGAAGACGUUUUAAGUGACGAAAAAACAAGUGACAUUGAAGAAUUUGCUCCAAAGAUUAUAAAAGCUUUACCGACGGUCAUUUCGACUACGGAAGGGGAGUUGACGAGAUUGGAAGCUAAAGCGAUUGGUAUUCCCAAACCUGAAAUAAGAUGGUUGAAACAGGGAGUGCAGAUUGAGCAAUCUCAAGAAUAUCAAAUAGAAGAAUUAGACGACGGUACUUCGAUUUUGAUUAUCCCGGAAGUAUACCAAGACGACACCGGUGAAAUAACAUUCGAAGCGUUUAACGCGUUAGGAGUUACGUCUACUAUUGCAGCGCUGUCCGUUGAGAGUGUCGUUGGAACCAGAGAUUACAGAAAACCAGAAUGGGUAACGCAUAUGGAGGAAUUACAGGCAGCUCUUAAAGCGAGUCAAUCGGUGCCAACUUUUAUCCAGCAAAUAUUGGAGGAACGAGUUCGCGAAGAGGAGUCAGUCACUUUUGAGGCAAUUUAUAGAGGAAACCCAACACCAGAUAUCGUUUGGUAUAAAGAUGACACUGUUAUAAACUCCGAUGACAAUUUCAUUAUAGAAAACAAAGACAAUCGAACAAUUUGUAGAAUAAGAAAAGCUAAGAAAAGUUUAGAAGGAACGUAUAAAUGUAAAGCUAUAAGUGACAUUGGCAUGGCAAUAACUAAAGCUAAUUUACAAGUAUUUGAAAACAAAGAGAAUUUUGAGAAAAUAUCGACUAAGAAAACAAAAAUCUUUAAAACAGAAACGACAAAAAAAGUGACAAAAGAAGCAGUGUCAUCCGUGAGUGCAAUUGAAUUCACAAAGCCUCUUGAGACAGAGCAAAGAGAUGAAGAAACGGCCGAAGUUAUAUUUAGUGAGGCUGAUACUAUAGAAACUACUGAUAUUGCUACACUUAAAAACAUCGAAGAGAAAACUAAAGUUGAAAAUAAUGUAACGGAAAUAUUAGAACCAGUAAUUUUUUCACAUGAAUAUUUAAUCUCUUCUCAACAACAAAAUGAGGAAACAGUACAAACGUUGGAAAAGACAUAUGAACCAUAUAAAGCAGUAUUAAAAACAGUCGAAGAAGAAUUGAAAGUGUCAGCCGAAAUUAAUGAGUUGUUAGAAGUGGUUAAUGCCAAAGAGUUUGGCCCUGGCGAGUCACCCUUGAGAGAACUAGCUAAAAUUGGAUUCAUGCUAAGAAGAGGUAUAACUACGGAAGAGAUCGAAUGUUUGUAUGAUUCAAAAUACUUCCCUGCACUUCGAGUGCCACAAUCACAAUCUGCUUUAGUGAAUUUGGUUGAACGCCAAGGUCACGGUGCUCUUAUAACUGAAGUGCUCACGGAGGAAACGACUCAAAAUGAAGAUGUCAUUGCUGCAAAAGUAGGAUUCCGGGCCUUCAUGAAAAUGGUUGAAUUAAAACAUGCUGCUGUUGAAGAGGUCAUAGCUCACUUGUAUCCAGAAGAUUUCAAGCCACGUGCCUGGGAACAGAAGGAAGCUCAUGAGAUAAUUGAACAAUCAUCUACUGAAGAACUCGCCCAAACGUCAACAAUAAAAGUGAUGAAAGAUUUAACCCUUACUUCUGAUGAAAGUAAUAAAGACGAUGUCAGAGCGAAACGCAAAAAAUACAAAAAACAAAGAGUAGGUUCAGAAGAAGUAGUUGAAAAUACAGAAAUUUUGACAAAAGAAUUGAAAAACUUACAGCCACAGCAAAUAACGGAACAUUUAGAAGUAGAUGAGACAGAAAUUUUAGAUGAUGAAAGUUUUGUUUAUUCUUCUGCUGUUCCCACAGAUAUUUCUGAUAGUAAAAUUGAGAUAAUACCUGCGAGUGUAGUAACACAUAUGAGAACUGAACAGCAAACACGAAAUAUUGUGGCGAACGUAAGAUUUGACACUAGUUAUCCAGUUGUAAGUAAUGUUCAAAAUGCUCAUUACAAAGAGGAACCGUUACAAUUGAAUCAAAAACAUGUUUUGAAAAACGUAGAAGAAACCUUUAGUGAGUUAGAACCAUUAGAGAUAACCCAAGUAGAAGUUAUUAGCUCCGUUGAUGAGUAUCGAGCAAGUAAGAUAAAAAACGAUAAUACUGCUCAUACAGCUAUAGUUCCCGCAGAAACUGUAGUGACAGCUGAGACACUUACAAAUAUCUCAGUCGUGGAUAUUGAUAAAGAGGAAAUACAAAAACAGAACGCAAAGUCGACAAUAAUUUUACAGGAGGCUUUACACGUCACACAUGAUACUAUGUCAGUCAAAGAAGCGCCGUUAAAAGACUCCACAAUAAGUAAAUCGUUUGCUACACCUUCGGUAUCACCUUUUACUGAACUUAACGUUACCGAAAUUAAUGAAGAAUCUAAAGAACAAGAAUUGCUCAGUCAAAAUACUGAUAAAGCUGUUACUUCUAAACUUAACUUCAAUUUACUGGAAUCUGUUGAAGUUGGAGAAGUUUUUAUUGAAGAUAGGUCUGGUAAAUAUUAUCCUGAAUUAAUAGUACCGACGGAAAUGGCAAAAAAAAAUAUUUUAGUGUCAAAUCAAAUAAUAACUCAAAUUCAUGAUGUUCAAGAAAAAGAGGGAACCUUGAAUGUUCCUAAGGUACCACUUUUACAAGAAGUGAAUUUAGAUAUUACAUCUGAAGACAGUAUUGUUGUUUCUAUGAAAGACAUUCAUGAAAAAGAAGGUACAUUAGAACUUUAUGAAUCUCCGGUGAGAGCUACAGUAGCAAGCGAUUUAGUAUUACAUUCCAGUUUGACUAAUUAUAUGACCACACCACAUAUAAAGGAAUCGGAUUUUAAUGCAGAAAUUUUUUCUUCUAAAAAAGCUGAAAUAGCCUUUAACGAGCACCAACACAAGUUUAACACCGAAACGAACAUUAAUGAUUCUGAAUAUGCUUUACAAACGGAUGAAGUUAUCAUAGGCAAUCAAGCACGUGUGACCAUAUCAGCACUAGAUAAAAACACUGUCGAAGAAAUUCGAAUUCAUGAAAGCGAAAAAGAGUUUUUACAAAAAGACGAUAAACAAACGGCGACAGCUAAUGUUGAUAUUAGAGCAACAGAAUCUAUAAUCAUGUCAGAAACAAUAGGAAUGUCAUCAAUGACUGAGUUGGAAAUUCCAGAUGUAGCUGAUGAUAAAGUAGCUACGGAAGCUGUUGUUACCGAGAAUGCCAAAAUUAUAUUAUCACCCUUUGUACACGAUCAAGAAACUUUGCAGUCAUACACCUCUAAACUUCCCGAAAAUAUCUCAAUAUCUUUAAUCCCUAAUAUACCUAUUUCUGUUUUAGAAACAAGGUUAACUGAUUCUGAAAAUAAACUGGAAACUGAUAAAAUUCCAGAACUUUUAAGCACUAAACCAAUAUCUACCCAUCAACUCAAAACUCCCGUCUCUUUAGAAGUAAACACCGCAGAUCAAUUGGAUUAUUUACAUCCAUUUGUUAGCAGCCAUCAUAGUGCGCAUGAACAAAGAGAUCUGCAUAAAGAACUAACUGUCUUCCAAACUACAGUUCAAGAGCAAUUGCGAAAGUUAGAUGAUAAUCCAAUUCAUGAAACUCAACCAAUAGCUUCCUUUAUGCCAAAUGAAAGUAUAAACGUUGUUGAGACAAUAUCUAAUUGUAACGAGGAAGACCUUAUCGUUCCAAACAUUUUUACAGAUAAGAUUGCCAAAAUUAAUAUUGAUAUUGAACAUAAAGUACCUAUAACAUCUGAAGUUAAUUUAAAGGAUUCCUUGAACCAGUUAGAUAAUUUGAAAUUACCACGUGAAGAAGCUAAAUUAGUGCAUAAUCUAUUUAAUCCGUUAAACAUAUCUGAAAAUAAAAUCUUAGAUAGUCAAGCUUCUUUAGAAAGAAUCAUUACACCAGACAUGAAAUUUGUUAAACCUAAAUUAAUUUCAGUGGAGGAGAGCGUUAGAGUUACAGAAAUAAUGCCCAAUGAGAAAGAGGAACUUUAUGAAAACCCUGAAUCAUUUGAAUUACCUAGCACAGCUACCGCCGAUAUCGUUAGUAGACCUGUUGCAAUAUCUUCAGAGUUAUUUGAAAAUUUAGCUGUUGGAUUUACCGAAAGAGAUGUAAUUCCAAAAUAUUCUACAGCUAACAUAGAAAAUAUUGCUCACAAAGAAAUAUCUGUAUCAACUGCAGAAUCUAUUGAAAAGGAAGGUAUUCUUACUUAUAAUAAACCAAAAACUGUUGAAGCUUUAACAAAUAUUGAUUCUAACCAAGCAGUUAUAAUAAAUCAAGUUCAAUCGGAGGCUUUUCCGACAACGUUUAAACCACAGUCAGUAGUUGGAGUAUCAAUUAUCCCACAUGCAAUAACCGCCGAAGCUUUAGUGCAACAUGAAAUUUUAGUACAUUCUUCAGAGAGUAUUUUAAAGAAGCAAGAGAGUUCCAACAAAAUGAAAGCUUGUGUAUCUGUUUCGGCGCUAACAGUUCCAGAGCACGAAGAAAAAGUAACAGCGGAAAAAGAGAAGACCCUUUUAAGUCAUAUUACGCCCGAAAAACAAAAUGUCACUGUAAAAUUAUCUGAACAACGUGGUGUGGAAACAAUAGAAACUUUAGCACAAUGCGAUAACAUUAAAAAAUCAGAUAACUUUGAAAUUCCAAGUAAAACAGCCCUGAUUAAAAUUGAUGACAUUUAUGGUAAAGCUGCGAGUGUGGAAGAAGCACUAAUUAUUCAAACAACAACAGACAUUACUGAUAAUAUAAAAGAGGCAAAACCAGAAGUUAAAACAUUAGACCAUUUGAACUUACAACAAACAGAAACUAUACCAGCUGAAAGAGAAACAUUUAUAUCUGAAGAAAAGCCUAGAAAAGCGGUAGCCUCUUCAAAUCUAGUAGAAUCACAGGCUUUAAUUGAAAGUGCUAUAGAUGUUCAGGAAAAAGAAACAACAUUCAAUAAGCUAACUUGUUUACCGAUUCAAGAUGCUUCAGUUGAAUUUAUGCAACAUAGUGGGAUUAUAAAUACUGAAGUAAUUUUAUCUAACAAAAUAGAGUUUAUCGAAAGCGAUAAAAAACUUGAAAUGCAAAUAUUAAAUACAAAUGUUCAAGAACAGAAAUCAAUUGAUGUUACAGAAAUAUUCCCUACUGAGACUGAAAUUUAUUUCAAAGAAUCAUCUAAAGCUAUAUCACAUACGUUGCACCCUACACCAAAUAUAUCAAUAAUUCCUUCUAUUGAGUCCACUGAGACAACAGUGAAUGAACAAGAAGGUAUGAUACCUUCGUCGGUUGAAACUAAACCACAAAGAGCAGAAUAUCAUCUUACACCGUCACAACAUGUAGAUAUUUCUGAGGAAAUUGCAGCAGAAAAGGAGAGUAAUUUAAAGUUAAGUAAUAUACCAAUGACAACUAUUAACGAUAUUAAUUUUAAUUCACAUCAUCAUAUAAAUGUAGAAGUUUGUCAGAUAUCUGAACUGGAAGAACCUAUUAAGACAUUAAAACAUAAAUUCACAAGUAUUAAAGAUUUUAGUCUAGAGCCUGUGAAAGCACUUAAUGUUUGCGAAAUUAAAGCAGAAGAAAGAUCUGAAGAUUUAUCAGUUAAUAAAAUCAUAAAAGAAGAAAAACCACAAGCCAGUUUUGAAAUGAGUGGUCAUAUCGAUACCAAUGAAAUAAUACCAUUCGAAGUUGAAACUAUUUUAUCGACAUCUAAUUUAGAUAAAACGGGAAAAAUUACCCCUAAUAUCGAACAAUCUGCUCCGUGUGUCACUGUUCUUGAAAUUGAAUCAAUUGAGAAAGAAGAAACAUUAAACGUUGAAGUAAAAGGACACCCUAAACAUGUUGUAUCAUCGAUUGAAACAAAACCCUCUAUUGAGGUACAUGAAAUAAUACCCUCUGAUUCAGAGUUAAAUUUGUCACAGAAAAGUAUUCCAAAAACAGAAAAAUUGUCUUUGCUGAUGGAGACACAGCAUCACGUCACCGUAAUAGAUACAUUAACAAAAGAAAAGGAAGAAUUUCUUAAAUCACAAGAAAUUUCAGUAAGUAGAGAGCAACAAUCUAGUAUUCAAACAGCCCAUCAUAUUAUAACAAGUGAAACUAUAGCUAAUGAAGAUGAAACGAAAAUUAAUGAAUUUUACAAACCCUUGAUUGAGACUGCUUCAAAGUCACAUAUUCUAGAAGAAAGUUUAAACAGAGAAGAACAACAAACGUGUGAAACUAUAGGAUUAGUAACACAGUUAAGCGAGCCUCAAACAUUAAAUGCAAAGGAAGAUAUAGCAACUUUUAAAGUUGCAGAAAAUGCCGAAGUAAUAAUCCAAGAACAACCAGGCCCGCUGGGUGACUAUGAACCAAAAGAAGAGACAGCUUUACUAACACAAGCGGCUACAAAAGAAGUGAUAACUUUACUCCCACAGAUACUGGAAAGUACAAAACUAUUAAAAGAAAACAGUGUUGUAGAGACCUGCGUCGAUUAUGAAUUGGAGGUUCAUAAAAACUAUGUCACGCAAGAAAAUAUUGCCCAUGAACUUUCUGAAAAUUUAGUCGUUGAGAAAAAACUGCCUAAAAUAGCUGAAAAACAAAUAUUAGAAUUAAGCAGUUUUGAACAGACUGAAAUAGUAACUGAAGAAAAGCCGAAAGAUUUUAAUAAAGCAGAAUCUAUUAAAACCCAAAAGGCAGAUGAAAUUGCUAUUAAUUUCCAAGGAGUAGAUGUAACUAAACAAGAGCCUUUAGAGAAUGUCAGUGAUCUCAUUAGUACAGUACAACCCAACUUGAAAAAAGCUUCAGUUGACUUAAACUCUCACUUAAGCUUAACAGUUUCUGAAAAGAUUUGUGAGGAACCAGUUACAGAUAUUUCAAAUGAUGAAGUAAAAGCACUAAAACUUACCGAAGAACUUUUAAUUGUCAGACCUGUAGAGCAAACUAUAGUUAUUGCUGGAGAAAAUAUCGAAAAUAUUACCAAGAAACUAAAGGUGGAAGAAAAAUCUCUAAAAUCCGAACCUAUUCAAUACGAACCUUUGAACCAAAUAGAAUUUUUAAUCCAUGAAAAUGAAGUAGAAACAAACUUUGAUAAAAUGUCACGCUUAGAAAAUGCUUCAAUUUCUCUUACACACUUGACACAUUUACAAUGUACUGAAAAUAUAUCUGAGUCUCUCGUUGAUGAUUUAGCGAUACCUUUAGCUCAGACACAAAAUUCGACAGUCAAAACAAAUAACAUGUCUACUCUAAUUGUCACAGAAAACGUUACUUUACAAAACGAAUCUGACCUACAAAUCACAGAACCAGUCAAACAGAAACUAAAAGCUGUGUUCAAUUUAUCAAAUGAAUUAGAAAUUACUGACAAAACUUUAGAAGAACACCUCACGCCGUAUAACGAAAUUAAACCUAAAUUACAUGAUAGCAAAGUGUCUUUUGUAGAAGAUGACGCAGACGUUACAUCGUUUCAAGACAAAUUUAAAAUAGAUAAAACACAUCUACUCUCUCUAUCACCUAAAUCAUCCGACGUAGAAGAAUCGGAAGAAAUUGUAACAAAAUUUAUGCAAGCUCAAGGAAAUAAAGAACCUAUACAAAUAAAAACAAAGCGAACAAUACUAAGAAAAAAACGAAAAUCAAAUGAUAUUAACAAUGUAGAAGGCGACGUCGUUAUAGAAGAAACAAUAGAUGACGAAUUUGACAAACUUAAUAAUAUUAAAAUGGCACAUGAUGUAAAGAUUGAGGAAUAUCAUGGUGAAGAAUAUGUUAAUGAGAAUUGUACAGACCAAAGUACAGUCGAAUUACCAGACGAUCACAUCAGCCUGCCAAAACUACCAACUCAAGUUUUUAUUGAAGAGAUGUUUGAUGAAGACACGCGUGUCUCUAAAAAAUCGUAUAAUGUUCCGGUUCUUAAAACCCACGAAAUAAUAAAUGAUAAUGUCCCAACACCUGUCGAAGACAUAUUCGUACAAGAAAAAUUGAAUAUCACUGAAGAAACUAAUGAAAAAGUAAAAUUAACACAAAGAAAAUCGGAUAAAGAAACAAAAGAAACUAUCGAGACCACAAAGCGCGUGAUCAAAAAGCAAAAAGGGAAAAAGCAGGAAAAAACUGAAAUAAUAACCGUCGAAAAAGAAGACGAGGAACCAGUUACUACGGUGUCCGUGACUGAAGAAACGACACCGGAAGAAGAAGAACCGAAACUCGUCGAAAUUAUUGAACUUCCUGAGGAAACAGUGGUUGAAGAUGUCGAAACGCCUGAAGGUAAGCCAAAGCAAAAGAAAAUAACCAAACGCAUCAUCAAAAAGAAGGUAGGCCCUAAGGUCGAAACUACACAAAUCAUUACUGAACAAGAAGACGACAAAACACCCGUCACUUUUGUGUACAAAACAGAGGAACUCACUGAUGACACACUUACACCUCUCGACGACAUUGUUAAACCAGAGACGGCACAGGUUAUAGAGGAGGCUCCCGAGCAAGUUAAAGUGACACAGGUUACGACCGAAACUGGUGAAAUGAAGACUGUCAAGACCACGAAACGUGUAAUUAAAAAGCAAAAAGGUAAAAAGCAGGAAAAAACUGAAAUAAUAACCGUCGAAAAAGAAGACGAGGAACCAGUGACUACGGUGUCCGUGACUAAAGAAACGACACCGGAUGAAGAAGAACCGAAGCCCGUCGAAAUUAUUGAACUUCCUGAGGAAACGGUGGUUGAAGAUGUCGAAACGCCUGAAGGUAAGCCAAAGCAAAAGAAAAUAACCAAACGCAUCAUCAAAAAGAAGGUAGGCCCUAAGGUCGAAACUACACAAAUCAUUACUGAACAAGAAGACGACAAAACACCCGUCACUUUUGUAUACAAAACAGAGGAACUCACUGAUGACACACUUACACCUCUCGACGACAUUGUUAAACCAGAGACGGCACAGGUUAUAGAGGAGGCUCCCGAGCAAGUUAAAGUGACACAGGUUACGACCGAAACUGGUGAAAUGAAGACUGUCAAGACCACGAAACGUGUAAUUAAAAAGCAAAAAGGUAAAAAGCAGGAAAAAACUGAAAUAAUAACCGUCGAAAAAGAAGACGAGGAACCAGUGACUACGGUGUCCGUGACUGAAGAAACGACACCGGAUGAAGAAGAACCGAAGCCCGUCGAAAUUAUUGAACUUCCUGAGGAAACGGUGGUUGAAGAUGUCGAAACGCCUGAAGGUAAGCCAAAGCAAAAGAAAAUAACCAAACGCAUCAUCAAAAAGAAGGUAGGCCCUAAGGUCGAAACUACACAAAUCAUUACUGAACAAGAAGACGACAAAACACCCGUCACUUUUGUAUACAAAACAGAGGAACUCACUGAUGACACACUUACACCUCUCGACGACAUUGUUAAACCAGAGACGGCACAGGUAAUAGAGGAGGCUCCCGAGCAAGUUAAAGUGACACAAGUUACGACCGAAGCUGGUGAAACGACGACGGUCAAGACUACGAAACGUGUAAUUAAAAAGCAAAAAGGAAAAAAGCAGGAAAAAACGGAAAUAAUAACCGUCGAAAAAGAAGACGAGGAACCAGUUACUACGGUGUCCGUGACUGAAGAAACGACACCGGAAGAAGAAGAAACGAAACCCGUCGAAAUUAUUGAACUCCCUGAGGAAACGGUGGUUGAAGAUAUCAAAACGCCUGAAGGUAAGCCAAAGCAAAAGAAAAUAACCAAACGUGUCAUCAAAAAGACGGUCGGUCCUAAGGUCGAAACUACACAAAUCAUUACUGAACAAGAAGACGACGAAACACCCGUCACUUUUGUACACAAAACAGAGGAACUCACUGAUGACACACUUACACCUCUCGAAGACAUUAAUAAAUCAGAGACGGCACAGGUUAUAGAAGAGGCUCCCGAGCAAGUUAAAGUGACACAAGUUACGACCGAAACUGGUGAAACAAAAACGGUCAAGACUACGAAACGUGUAAUUAAAAAGCAAAAAGGUAAACAGCAGGAAAAAACGGAAAUAAUAACCGUCGAAAAAGAAGACGAGGAACCAGUGACUACGGUGUCCGUGACUGAAGAAACGACACCGGAAGAAGAAGAAACGAAACCCGUCGAAAUUAUUGAACUUCCUGAGGAAACGGUGGUAGAAGAUGUCGAAACGCCUGCAGGUAAGCCAAAGCAAAAGAAAAUAACCAAGCGCAUCAUCAAAAAGAAGGUAGGCCCUAAGGUCGAAACUACACAAAUCAUUACUGAACAAGAAGACGACAAAACACCCGUCACAUUUGUACAUAAAACAGAGGAACUCACUGAUGACACACUUACACCUCUCGAAGACUUUGUUAAACCAGAGACGGCACAGGUUAUAGAGGAGGCUCCCGAGCAAGUUAAAGUGACACAAGUUACGACCGAAACUGGUGAAACGAAGACGGUCAAGACUACGAAACGUGUUAUUAAAAAGCAAAAAGGUAAAAAGCAGGAAAAAACGGAAAUAAUAACCGUCGAAAAAGAAGACGAGGAACCAGUUACUACGGUGUCCGUGACUGAAGAAACGACACCGGAAGAAGAAGAAACGAAACCCGUCGAAAUUAUUGAACUCCCUGAGGAAACGGUGGUUGAAGAUAUCAAAACGCCUGAAGGUAAGCCAAAGCAAAAGAAAAUAACCAAACGUGUCAUCAAAAAGACGGUCGGUCCUAAGGUCGAAACUACACAAAUCAUUACUGAACAAGAAGACGACGAAACACCCGUCACUUUUGUACACAAAACAGAGGAACUCACUGAUGACACACUUACACCUCUCGAAGACAUUAAUAAAUCAGAGACGGCACAGGUUAUAGAAGAGGCUCCCGAGCAAGUUAAAGUGACACAAGUUACGACCGAAACUGGUGAAACAAAAACGGUCAAGACUACGAAACGUGUAAUUAAAAAGCAAAAAGGUAAACAGCAGGAAAAAACGGAAAUAAUAACCGUCGAAAAAGAAGACGAGGAACCAGUGACUACGGUGUCCGUGACUGAAGAAACGACACCGGAAGAAGAAGAAACGAAACCCGUCGAAAUUAUUGAACUUCCUGAGGAAACGGUGGUAGAAGAUGUCGAAACGCCUGAAGGUAAGUCAAAGCAAAAGAAAAUAACCAAACGCAUCAUCAAAAAGAAGGUCGGUCCUAAGGUAGAAACUACACAAAUCAUAACCGAACAAGAAGACGACAAAACACCAGUCACAUUUGUACACAAAACAGAAGAACUCACUGAUGACACACUUACACCUCUCGAAGACAUUGUUCCACUAGAUACGGCACAGGUUAUAGAAGAGGCUCCCGAGCAAGUUAAAGUGACACAAGUUACAACCGAAACUGGUGAAACGAAGACUGUUAAGAUCACGAAACGUGUAAUUAAAAAGCAAAAAGGUAAAAAGCAGGAAAAAACGGAAAUAAUAACCGUCGAAAAAGAAGACGAGGAACCAGUUACUACGGUGUCCGUGACUGAAGAAACGACACCGGAAGAAGAAGAACCGAAACUCGUCGAAAUUAUUGAACUUCCUGAGGAAACAGUGGUUGAAGAUGUCGAAACGCCUGAAGGUAAGCCAAAGCAAAAGAAAAUAACCAAACGCAUCAUCAAAAAGAAGGUAGGCCCUAAGGUCGAAACUACACAAAUCAUUACUGAACAAGAAGACGACAAAACACCCGUCACUUUUGUAUACAAAACAGAGGAACUCACUGAUGACACACUAAUACCUCUCGAAGACAUUGUUCCACUAGAUACGGCAAAGGUUAUAGAAGAGGCUCCCGAGCAAGUUAAAGUGACACAGGUUACGACCGAAACUGGUGAAACGAAGACUGUCAAGACCACGAAACGUGUAAUUAAAAAGCAAAAAGGUAAAAAGCAAGAAAAAACGGAAAUAAUAACCGUCGAAAAAGAAGACGAAGAACCAGUGACUACGGUGUCCGUGACUGAAGAAACGACACCGGAUGAAGAAGAACCGAAACCCGUAGAAAUUAUUGAACUUCCUGAGGAAACGGUGGUUGAAGAUGUCGAAACACCUGAAGGUAAGCCAAAGCAAAAGAAAAUUACCAAACGCAUCAUCAGAAAGAAGGUAGGCCCUAAGGUCGAAACUACACAAAUCAUUACUGAACAAGAAGACGACAAAACACCCGUCACUUUUGUACACAAAACAGAGGAACUCACUGAUGACACACUUACACCUCUCGAAGACAUUGUUAAACCAGAGACGGCACAGGUUAUAGAAGAGGCUCCCGAGCAAGUUAAAGUGACACAAGUUACGACCGAAACUGGUGAAACGAAGACGGUCAAGACUACGAAACGUGUUAUUAAAAAGCAAAAAGGUAAAAAUCAGGAAAAAACGGAAAUAAUAACCGUCGAAAAAGAAGACGAGGAACCAGUGACUACGGUGUCCGUGACUGAAGAAACAACACCGGAUGAAGAAGAACCGAAACCCGUCGAAAUUAUUGAACUUCCUGAGGAAACGGUGGUUGAAGAUGUCGAAACACCUGAAGGUAAGCCAAAGCAAAAGAAAAUAACCAAACGCAUCAUCAAAAAGAAGGUAGGCCCUAAGGUCGAAAUUACACAAAUCAUUACUGAACAAGAAGACGACAAAACACCCGUCACUUUUGUACACAAAACAGAGGAACUCACUGAUGACACACUUACACCUCUCGACGACAUUGUUAAACCAGAGACGGCACAGGUUAUAGAAGAGGCUCCCGAGCAAGUUAAAGUGACACAAGUUACAACCGAAACUGGUGAAACGAAGACGGUCAAGACCACGAAACGUGUAAUUAAAAAGCAAAAAGGUAAAAAAGAGGUAAAAACGGAAAUAAUAACCGUCGAAAAAGAAGACGAGGAACCAGUGACUACGGUGUCCGUGACUGAAGAAACGACACCGGAAGAAGAAGAAACGAAACCCGUCGAAAUUAUUGAACUUCCUGAGGAAACGGUGGUUGAAGAUGUCGAAACACCUGAAGGUAAGCCAAAGCAAAAGAAAAUAACCAAACGCAUCAUCAAAAAGAAGGUAGGCCCUAAGGUCGAAAUUACACAAAUCAUUACUGAACAAGAAGACGACAAAACACCCGUCACUUUUGUACACAAAACAGAGGAACUCACUGAUGACACACUUACACCUCUCGACGACAUUGUUAAACCAGAGACGGCACAGGUUAUAGAAGAGGCUCCCGAGCAAGUUAAAGUGACACAAGUUACGACCGAAACUGGUGAAACGAAGACGGUCAAAACCACGAAACGCGUAAUUAAAAAGCAAAAAGGUAAAAAGCAGGAAAAAACUGAAAUAAUAACCGUCGAAAAAGAAGACGAGGAACCAGUGACUACGGUGUCCGUGACUGAAGAAACGACACCGGAUGAAGAAGAACCGAAACCCGUAGAAAUUAUUGAACUUCCUGAGGAAACGCUGGUUGAAGAUGUCGAAACGCCCGAAGGUAAGCAAAAGCAAAAGAAAAUAACCAAACGUAUCAUCAAAAAGAAGGUGGGUCCUAAGGUCGAAACUACACAAAUCAUUACUGAACAAGAAGACGACAAAACACCAAUCACAUUUGUACACAAAACUGAGGAACUCACUGAUGACACACUUACACCUCUCGAAGACAUUGUUCCACUAGAUACGGCACAGGUUAUAGAAGAGGCUCCCGAGCAAGUUAAAGUGACACAAGUUACGACCGAAACUGGUGAAACGAAGACUGUCAAGACCACGAAACGUGUAAUUAAAAAGCAAAAAGGUAAAAAGCAGGAAAAAACGGAAAUAAUAACCGUCGAAAAAGAAGACGAGGAACCAGUGACUACGGUGUCCGUGACUGAAGAAUCGACACCGGAAGAAGAAGAAACGAAACCCGUCGAAAUUAUUGAACUUCCUGAGGAAACGGUGGUUGAAGAUUUCGAAACGCCUGAAGGUAAGCCAAAGCAAAAGAAAAUAACCAAACGCAUCAUCAAAAAGAAGGUAGGUCCUAAGGUCGAAACUACACAAAUCAUUACUGAACAAGAAGAUGACAAAACACCCGUCACUUUUGUACACAAAACAGAGGAACUAACUGAUGACACAUUUACACCUCUAGAAGACAUUGUUACACUAGAUACGGCAGAGGUUAUAGAGGAGGCUCCCGAGCAAGUUAAAGUGACACGAGUUACAACCGAAACUGGUGAAACGAAGACUGUCAAGACUACGAAACGUGUAAUUAAAAAGCAAAAAGGUAAAAAGCAGGAAAAAACGGAAAUAAUAACCGUCGAAAAAGAAGACGAGGAACCAGUGACUACGGUGUCCGUUACUGAAGAAACGACACCGGAAGAAGAAGAACCGAAACCCGUCGAAAUUAUUGAACUUCCUGAGGAAACGGUGGUUGAAGAUUUCGAAACGCCUGAAGGUAAGCCAAAGCAAAAGAAAAUAACCAAACGCAUCAUCAAAAAGAAGCUAGGUCCAAAGGUCGAAACUACACAAAUCAUUACUGAACAAGAAGACGACAAAACACCGGUCACUUUUGUACACAAAACAGAGGAACUCACUGAUGACACACUUAUACCUCUCGACGACAUUGUUAAACCAGAGACGGCACAGGUUAUAGAGGAGGCUCCCGAGCAAGUUAAAGUGACACAAGUUACGACCGAAACUGGUGAAACGAAGACUGUCAAGACCACGAAACGUGUAAUUAAAAAGCAAAAAGGUAAAAAGCAGGAAAAAACGGAAAUAAUAACCGUCGAAAAAGAAGACGAGGAACCUGUGACUACGGUGUCCAUGACUGAAGAAACGACACCAGAAGAAGAAGAAUCGAAACCCGUCGAAAUUAUUGAACUUCCUGAGGAAACGGUGGUUGAAGAUUUCGAAACGCCUGAAGGUAAGCCAAAGCAAAAGAAAAUAACCAAACGCAUCAUCAAAAAGAAGGUAGGUCCAAAGGUCGAAACUACACAAAUCAUUACUGAACAAGAAGACGACAAAACACCCGUCACUUUUGUACACAAAACAGAGGAACUCACUGAUGACACACUUACACCUCUAGAAAACAUUGUUAGACUAGAUACGGCACAGGUUAUAGAGGAGGCUCCCGAGCAAGUUAAAGUGACACAAGUUACGACCGAAACUGGUGAAACGAAGACUGUCAAGACCACGAAACGUGUAAUUAAAAAGCAAAAAGGUAAAAAGCAGGAAAAAACGGAAAUAAUAACCGUCGAAAAAGAAGACGAGGAACCAGUGACUACGGUGUCCGUGACUGAAGAAACGACACCGGAUGAAGAAGAAACGAAACCUGUAGAAAUUAUUGAACUUCCUGAGGAAACGGUGGUUGAAGAUGUCGAAACGCCCGAAGGUAAGCCAAAGCAAAAGAAAAUAACCAAACGCAUCAUCAGAAAGAAGGUAGGCCCUAAGGUCGAAACUACACAAAUCAUUACUGAACAAGAAGACGACAAAACACCCGUCACUUUUGUACACAAAACAGAGGAACUCACUGAUGACACACUUACACCUCUAGAAAACAUUGUUACACUAGAUACGGCACAGGUUAUAGAGGAGGCUCCCGAGCAAGUUAAAGUGACACAAGUUACGACCGAAACUGGUGAAACGAAGACUGUCAAGACCACGAAACGUGUGAUUAAAAAGCAAAAAGGUAAAAAGCAGGAAAAAACGGAAAUAAUAACCGUCGAAAAAGAAGACGAGGAACCAGUGACUACGGUGUCCGUGACUGAAGAAACGACACCGGAUGAAGAAGAACCGAAACCCGUAGAAAUUAUUGAACUUCCUGAGGAAACGCUGGUUGAAGAUGUCGAAACGCCCGAAGGUAAGCAAAAGCAAAAGAAAAUAACCAAACGUAUCAUCAAAAAGAAGGUGGGUCCUAAGGUCGAAACUACACAAAUCAUUACUGAACAAGAAGACGACAAAACACCAAUCACAUUUGUACACAAAACUGAGGAACUCACUGAUGACACACUUACACCUCUCGAAGACAUUGUUCCACUAGAUACGGCACAGGUUAUAGAAGAGGCUCCCGAGCAAGUUAAAGUGACACAAGUUACGACCGAAACUGGUGAAACGAAGACUGUCAAGACCACGAAACGUGUAAUUAAAAAGCAAAAAGGUAAAAAGCAGGAAAAAACUGAAAUAAUAACCGUCGAAAAAGAAGACGAGGAACCAGUGACUACGGUGUCCGUGACUGAAGAAACGACACCGGAAGAAGAAGAACCGAAACCUGUCGAAAUUAUUGAACUUCCUGAGGAAACGGUGGUUGAAGAUUUCGAAACGCCUGAAGGUAAGCCAAAGCAAAAGAAAAUAACCAAACGUAUCAUCAAAAAGAAGGUAGGUCCUAAGGUCGAAACUACACAAAUCAUUACUGAACAAGAAGACGACAAAACACCGGUCACUUUUGUACAUAAAACAGAGGAACUCACUGAUGACACACUUAUACCUCUCGACGACAUUGUUAAACCAGAGACGGCACAGGUUAUAGAAGAGGCUCCCGAGCAAGUUAAAGUGACACAAGUUACGACCGAAACUGGUGAAACAAAAACGGUAAAGACUACGAAACGUGUAAUUAAGAAGCAAAAAGGUAAAAAGCAGGAAAAAACGGAAAUAAUAACCGUCGAAAAAGAAGACGAGGAACCAGUGACUACGGUGUCCGUGACUGAAGAAACGACACCGGAAGAAGAAGAAACGAAACCCGUCGAAAUUAUUGAACUUCCUGAGGAAACGGUGGUUGAAGAUGUCGAAACGCCCGAAGGUAAGCCAAAGCAAAAGAAAAUAACCAAACGCAUCAUCAGAAAGAAGGUAGGCCCUAAGGUCGAAACUACACAAAUCAUUACUGAACAAGAAGACGACAAAACACCAAUCACAUUUGUACACAAAACAGAGGAACUCACUGAUGACACAUUUACACUUCUCGAAGACAUUGUUCCACUAGAUACGGCACAGGUUAUAGAAGAGGUUCCCGAGCAAGUUAAAGUGACACAAGUUACGACCGAAACUGGUGAAACGAAGACUGUCAAGACCACGAAACGUGUAAUUAAAAAGCAAAAAGGUAAAAAGCAGGAAAAAACGGAAAUAAUAACCGUCGAAAAAGAAGACGAGGAACCAGUGACUACGGUGUCCGUGACUGAAGAAUCGACACCGGAAGAAGAAGAAACGAAACCCGUCGAAAUUAUUGAACUUCCUGAGGAAACGGUGGUUGAAGAUUUCGAAAUGCCUGAAGGUAAGCCAAAGCAAAAGAAAAUAACCAAACGCAUCAUCAGAAAGAAGGUAGGCCCUAAGGUCGAAACUACACAAAUCAUUACAGAACAAGAAGACGACAAAACACCAAUCACAUUUGUACACAAAACAGAGGAACUCACUGAUGACACAUUUACACUUCUCGAAGACAUUGUUCCACUAGAUACGGCACAGGUUAUAGAAGAGGCUCCCGAGCAAGUUAAAGUGACACAAGUUACGACCGAAACUGGUGAAACGAAGACUGUCAAGACCACGAAACGUGUAAUUAAAAAGCAAAAAGGUAAAAAGCAGGAAAAAACGGAAAUAAUAACCGUCGAAAAAGAAGACGAGGAACCAGUGACUACGGUGUCCGUGACUGAAGAAACGACACCGGAAGAAGAAGAACCGAAACCUGUCGAAAUUAUUGAACUUCCUGAGGAAACGGUGGUUGAAGAUUUUGAAACGCCUGAUGGUAAGCCAAAGCAAAAGAAAAUAACCAAACGCAUCAUCAAAAAGAAGGUAGGUCCUAAGGUCGAAACUACACAAAUCAUUACUGAACAAGAAGACGACAAAACACCCGUCACUUUUGUACACAAAACAGAGGAACUCACUGAUGACACACUUAUACCUCUCGACGACAUUGUUAAACCAGAGACGGCACAGGUUAUAGAGGAGGCUCCCGAGCAAGUUAAAGUGACACAAGUUACGACCGAAACUGGUGAAACGAAGACUGUCAAGACCACGAAACGUGUAAUUAAAAAGCAAAAAGGUAAAAAGCAGGAAAAAACGGAAAUAAUAACCGUCGAGAAAGAAGACGAGGAACCAGUGACUACGGUGUCCGUGACUGAAGAAACGACACCGGAAGAAGAAGAACCGAAACCUGUCGAAAUUAUUGAACUUCCUGAGGAAACGGUGGUUGAAGAUUUCGAAACGCCUGAAGAAACGGGACAACAUGUAAACAAUCUUCAAAAAACCACGACAAACAUGCCUGAACAAGUAGAAGAUGAAAGCAGUGCAAGAAGACCAGAACCAGUUGAAAAAAUGAAGACGAACAAAAUUUUAAAACCUCAACAAAUGGAACAUGGCUCUAUUAAAAUAAGUGCCGCUCAGUUUGCGGAAGAAGUAGUACAACCACAAUUUACUAAACUUAAACUAAAAAAAUCAACAAUAAAACCAAAACAAGAACCAACAGUCACAUCGUUGCCGAAAAUUCAAUUGAAAAGCCGUAUAAAAUUUUUUACUGAUUGGCCGCCAAAGGAUAUCAAACCUAUUAUUACGUUUUUGGGAAGUGUAAGACAAAACGGUGAGCUGUCGAGAAAUAUAAAAGAAGCAUCAAAAAUAAAAAAGAAAGCUGUUAAAAUAUCAGUACUCCCAGAAUUAGAAAGACCGGUAUUAGAAAAACCAGAAGACUUUAGUUAUGAAUACGUGGAACAACCUUUAGAAAUACCGAAAGGCACUGUUAAAGAAAUAAACUUACAUGACGAAGAUUUAAAAGAAAAUGAUAAAAAAGAUAAAGAUUUACCUUCAAAACCUGACAUAAUUCAGUUACAAGAAAAUGUAAGUUUAAUAAAGAAAAAACCGAAACUGAAACCUAUGCGAAUAGAAGAAAUACAAGUUGAUCAACCUCAGUUUGCAGAACCACAGUUUAAAAAUCUUAAAUUAAAAAAAGGUGUUGUCAAAACAAAGCCAGAAGGUUCAGUUGUAAAAAUACCAAAAAUACAUCUUAAAAGUCGCAUAAAAUAUGUAACCGAAUGGCCUCCAUCGAUAAUAAUACCUAAUAUAAUACUUUUAAGUGCCAUUCGACAGAACGGAGUUCUUUCUAGAAACAUAAAGGAGGCUGCUACAAUAAAGAAAAAGGUAAUCAAAGAACCGAAAAUGCCAGAUGGUCAUAAAACGGAAUUAGAAAAACCAAUGUUUACCCAUGACGAUAUUUUAGAACCUAGAUCAAAAAUUGAAGAACAGCAAAUAAAAGUUGUCGGAGAAACUAUUGAUAAUGAUGAAACAGAAAAAUAUAUAAACAAGGAUGUAAAAGAGGAACCUACGGAUGAUAUGGAAGAGGAACCUCAACAUGUGACAAUAAAACCGCGACGUUCGAGUAUUAAAAAAGUUGAAGAAUUGGUUGAUGAAGUAACUAUAAAAAAGAAAUUAAAGCCAGUUCGAAAGUCAUCGGUAACACUUCCAGAAAUAACUGAACCGGAAGAAGUUACUUUUAGACCGAAGACUGUUAAAACUAAAGAAGAUGUCGAGCAAGAAUUUAAUAUACAUUUAGAUUCUUAUCUCGAAGAAGAAAUAUCAAUGUCAAGUAAAGUUAAAUUAAAACCCCAAAGGCAACCAACAUUUAACGAAGAAGCUAAUGAAGCUUCCAUAAAAUAUUACAAAGAAAAUGAUGAUGGAGUAGAUGUAGUUGAAAUCAUUGAUAAUGAAGAAAUGGAGGAAAGUUCUAAUGUCACUAUGCCAUUGAAAAAAGCCCCGAUUAAGAAAAUGUCAGUGGAAUAUAUGGACGACGUAGCAGAAAAUAUAUCUUUAUCUAAGAAAAAAAUAUUAGAUAAGAAAACCGAAUUUAUUGAAAAUGUAACAUUUGAAUUGGGUAAAAAAGAGGAUUACGUGAUUGAAAAUCAAGAGAUUGCUUUUGAUAUUAAACAGCAAUUAGAUGAAUUUAAGCAAGAAGAAUUAUCUCUAUCAAGUAAUAUAAAGCUCGUACCUAAGAAAAAAGUCACCAUUACUGAAGAGACGGAUGAAACAUCGAUACAAUUGCUUAAAGAAAUUGAAGAUGAUAGCCAAGCAGAGGAAGUUAUUAUUAGUGAUGGCGAAUCAGAAGAAAAUGUAGAAAUGAUAUUUAGGAGAAAACCUAAAAAACCUACUUACGAAGUUAGUGAAGUAGAAGAACAAAGUAUUGAAUUAAAACCAAAAAAAGUCAGCAACAAAAUAUUUGAAGAUGAAGAACUUACUAUAUCGGCAAAGCGCAAACCAAAGAAAUCAGGACCAGUUCAAGAAGCAGAAGCAUCAAUGAGUAUAGCCAAAGAACAAGAAUUUCCCGAAACUCCAAUAAAUGUUCGAUGCGGUGAUACAGUGUUUGCUGUUUAUUCUUACGUCGCAGAGACAGACGAGGCUAUAAAUCUUGUAGAGGGUGAACGAUUAUACAUACUAGAAACUACAAAUCAAGACUGGUGGUAUGUUCGCAAACAUCUCACAGAAGAAAAGGGUUGGGUGCCGGCGCAAUACUUAAUGGACGAAUCGAAUUAUACAUUAUAUCUUCAAAAAAAAUUGAAUGAGAAAAUUGAUAAAUUGCCCGUUUUUGAAAAACCUACUUCCGAGGAACAAGCUAUCGCCCCCAUAUUUAUUGAAAAGCUACGCCCGAAACAUACUCCAGACGGGUCAACAGUACAGUUUGAAUGUCAAGUCGAAGGAUUUCCUAGACCUCAAAUAACGUGGUUUAGACAAACGGCUAUAAUAAAACCAUCCCAAGAUUUUCAGAUGUAUUAUGAUGACGACAACGUAGCCACACUAGUGAUUAGGGAGGUGUUUCCAGAAGACGCGGGAACAUUUACGUGUGUAGCUAAAAACGCAGCAGGGUUUGCUUCGAGCACCACUGAAUUAAUAGUCGAGGCACCACUAUCUGAUCAUGGUUCUGAAAUGACAAUUCUUUCUAGAAAAAGUUUAUCUAGGGAAUCGUCAUUAGCGGAUAUAUUGGAAGGCAUUCCACCAACAUUUUCAAAAAGGCCAAAGGCACAAUACGUUGACGAAGGCUCACAAAUUUUCUUAGAGUGCAGGCUAGUCGCUAUUCCCGAACCCGAUAUCGCUUGGUUCUUUAAAGGAGAAGAAAUAAUGACAAAUGAUAAUAUUCCCAUAGCUACAGAAUCCGAUAUGCACAUGUAUUGUAGUGUACUAAGAAUAUCUAAUGUCAAAAAAUAUCAAGAAGGCACAUACACAGUACUUGCAAUCAACAGGGAAGGCGAAGCCAGCUUACCAAUAGUUCUAAAAAUUAAAACUGGUGAAAAGGAAAAACCACAAGUAAUAGAACCUCUCAAGAGUAUGACUAUUAGAGAAGGAGAAAGCGUCGUCUUAGCAACUCAAGUAGUGGGAACUCCGGAACCGAAAGUUUCGUGGUAUAAAAAUAAUAAACCCAUUAAAACCCUUACACAAAAAACCGAUGGAGAUAUGCACUCUAUAUCUAUCAUAAAUCCGAAGAAAGGCAAAGACGACGGUUUGUACACUCUCAAGGCGAUGAACUCGGAAGGAUCUGCUGAAACCAGCGCUGUAAUAACUAUUGAAGAAUCAACGGAAGAAAAUGAGGAACCACCUCUCUUUAUCAAUAGAUUCCAAGAAUUAACAGUCCGAGAAAAGGGUACGAUCAUAUUGAACGCAAAGGUCACAGGUAAUCCUAUACCAUUAGUAACAUGGUACAGAAACAAUCAAAUUCUUACUCCUAAUGAAACUGUCACACAAAACUUUGAUGGUGAAAAUAUUGAACUCGUCAUUAUUAAUGUCGAUUCAGAAAUAGAUUCCGGCGACUAUAAAUGUGUCGCAGCAAACACUGCCGGUAAGGCAUCUCACGGAGCCCGAGUCACCAUAGAUGUGGAUGAGGUGACAUUUGUCAGAAACCUUAAGAAACAAUAUGAGAUACAAGAGGGCAAAACAGUUAUAUUAGAAUGUGAAACUUCUCACACCGUAUCCACAAAAUGGUAUCAUAAUGACAAAGAAUUGAGUGGAAUGGAUCACAGGGAAAUUAUACAAGAAAGUCGUAUCCACAAAUUGAGAAUCAAGAAAUCCAAAUUGUCCGACAAAGGAACAAUUAGGUGCGUGGUUAAGGGGCAAGAGACAAGCACAAACCUGAUCGUCCACGAAACGUUACCAGAGUUCAUUCGUAAAUUGCAAGACUUCGAAGUUAAAGAAAGGGACAUUGCGAUACUUGAAGUCGAAAUCAACUCUGAAACAGCCGAUGUUGUUUGGGAAAAAGAUGGUGAAACGAUUAAAGCUAAAAGACAUAAAUACGACCUUGAAAAGCGUGGUAAUAUCAGGAAACUGUUUAUAAGAAAUACGUCUGUUCACGAUGAAGGUGAAUAUACUUGCAAGUUGCGCGAUGAUGCAUGUACUGCCGAAGUGACUGUAGUAGAGUUGCCGCCGGAGAUAAUCAAACGACUUCGAGAUCAGAAAGUUAACAGGGGUAACAAAGCUACGUUCGACAUCGAGCUCACAAAAGGUGAUGCGCUUGUCAGAUGGUUUAAAGACGGUGCUGAGUUACAGUUCUCGAAUCAUAUUCAGCUUACGAUAGACGGAAAAAAACAAAAAUUGAAAAUAUACGACAGUGAGAAAAGUGAUGAAGGCGAAUAUACAUGCGAAGUUGGGAAUGAUAAGUGUACGGCUAAACUUUUAGUUGAAGAACCAUCAAUUGACUUUACGUUGAGACUUCCCGAAGUAGUUGUUAUACCUGCUAACACUGAUGCGUACCUGACAGUCGAAGUACCCGAAGAUAGCCUUACGGUAACUUGGUUCAGAAGGAAGACCAUGCUUGAAGAUUCAGAGAAGUUUACGCUAAUAACGGAUGGUAAAAAACGUACUCUCAUAAUAAGACAUUGCACGGAUGACGACCAAUGCGAAUAUUCGUGUCAAUUAAUGGACACCAGGUGUACCACUAGACUGAAAGUAGAAGUGAUUGAGUUUACGCCUAAAAUUUUGGACUACGAGAAGACAUAUAGGGUGAAAAGAGGAGGUGAUGUCACGCUCUACGUCCAGUAUGAAGCCAACCCCCAGCCUAACGACGAGUGGGUAGUCAAUUCGAAAAUUAUUAAAAAGUCUAAGCACACUAAACCCUUCAUAGACUCUAUGACAGCAAGUCUUACUAUCAAGAAAAUAGAACACUCAGACGCCGGUUCAUACAAACUAAGGCUUGAAAAUAAUUGCGGCGUAGUAGAAAUUGAUAUUGAAGUCAUUGUUUUGGACAUAUCUUCACCACCGGGAAAACCUCGCGUACUGGAUGUGGACGACAACUCUGUUAGCAUCUUUUGGUCGGAACCCAGUGACAAAGGUUUCUCCGAGAUCGAGUGUUACAUUGUCGAAUAUCAGGAGCAAAAUACAACGGAAUGGUUGUCGAUAGAAAAUAUUCAAAAGACUCAAUAUUGCGUCAAGAAUCUUAAAACAAUGUCAACGUAUAAAUUCAGAGUUUUCGCUGUAAACGAAGUUGGCGUAAGCGGAUCGUCCGAAACGACUGAGUACAUCCGCGUCGAGAGAGUGAUGGAGAAUCAGCCUCCGACCUUGAAGAAACCUUUAUUGGACGUCAUAGGCGGACCUGGUGAUGAUGUCGAACUUACUUGCAUAUUCGGAGGUCUUCCAGAACCAAAGGUCACAUGGUACAAAAACGGUAAACAGUUAAAAACAGCCAAAGCGACGUACGUCAACAGAGUCGCGACAUUAGUGGUCACGGCGACAAAGACAACUGAGGGGUUAUACAAGUGCGUUGCGACUAAUGAUUUCGGUGAAAUAGACACGUCUUGCUCGCUGGAAAUUCGAAAGAAACCGACUGUUGUCGUGGCAGACGAAGAAGUCGAUCAGAAACAUGCGGUCGGUGAACGCUGGUCGGUGACGGCGGUCAUCAGUGGUAUACCGAGGCCGAAGGUCGUGUGGUAUAGGAACGGGUCCAGGGUAGAUAUUACGGAGGAUGUUGAGAUUGUAACUGAGGAUACUUCCAGCCUGAUAAGAAUAUCGACUCUACAAAGGUCUCAUGCCGGGAAAUAUACAGUAGAGGCUGUGAAUAAGGCUGGAACUGCAUCAGCAGAAACCACUAUAAAAGUUUACGACAAACCAAGCAAACCGGAAGGUCCCGUCAUAAUGAGAGAAAUAAGUCGAGAGUCUGUUACAAUAGAAUGGAAGCCUCCCCUCGACGAUGGCGGGUUGGAUCUGAUCAAGUAUGCUAUAGAGAAGCACGAACCGGAGUUAGACCAAUGGGUCAAGGUGGCUGAUGUUGACAAGAACAUAGAAACGUACUGCAUUCAGCGGUUGAAUGAGAACUGCGAAUACAUGUUCCGAGUAAUGGCGCAGAAUCCGAUAGGAAUAUCCGACGCCUUGGAGAGUGAGCCCAUUGUUAUCAAAAACGCUCUAGAUGUGCCAUCGCCGCCAAUCGGUCCGCUCGGGUUUUAUGGUAUUGACAAUGAUUCUGUCACCAUCACGUGGUACCCCUCCGAGAAGAACGGUGGGUCGGCUAUUUUAGACUAUUCCAUUGAAAUCAAACAAGAAGGCAAGAAGUGGAAACACGUAGCCACAUCGUUGGUGAUUUCCGCCAAAAUCAGUAAAUUGUCGGCGGACACUACGUACUCGUUCAGGAUAUGCGCUAGGAAUGAAAUUGGCACAAGCUUGCCGUACGAGUCUGAUGAGAAGAUUACCAUCGGCAAGACUUUGUCGCCUCCGUCGCGCCCGCAGCACGUCGUCAUACGAGAGACGACGUCGCGCUCCGUCACGCUGCAGUGGAUGGCGCCGGAGAGCGACGGCGGCAGCGUUGUCACCAAUUACAUUAUCGAAUACAAGACCGUGAAGGGUAAAUCUUGGUCUAAAGUGGUGACAGUGAUGGGGACGGUUUUCGAGCGCUGUAUAGAAAACAUCAAGGAAAAAGACGAACUACUGUUUCGCAUAUCGGCCGAGAACGUGGUGGGAGUCAGUCUGCCUACUGAAUCUGAGACCGUUCGCCUGGAGAAGUAUGCGACUGUGCCGUCACCGCCCACCGGCCCCCUAGAAAUCCGGAUGAUGGGCAACAUUGUAAUGACGUCAUGGGGAACUCCCGAGUGGGACGGUGGCGCCCCUCUGCUGGGCUACCACAUCGCCAUCCGUGACGUCACCAAAACUAUGUGGAUGGAAGUCGGCAAAAUGGACGUCCAUAGCCUCAAGUUCAACAUAAAGGACCUCAGCGAGAACCAUACUUACAUGAUUCGGAUAUACGCGAGGAACGAGAUCGGCCUCAGCGAGCCGCUCGAAUCGGUGGAGCCCUUCAAAGUGAUCCCCUGCGAAGAUUCUCAAAUCGACGAGGAGCCCGGCGAGCAGACGGAGGUUACUGAGCCAACCUCCUUCAGUACGCAGACUACGACCUCCUGGCUCCGAGAUCACAACAUGGACGCCGACAUACGUUCCUAUGCGCGAGGCUCACUCCUCCGCCGAGACGAAUACUUCUUUAGGAUAUGGCAUUACGCGAAACAACUCUUCAAAUAAUAAGCAGCUUUCAAGAUUUGCUUACCGCAGAGCCUUUAUUACUAGAACUUUUAUUAAUAGACAGUGCAGUAAUCGUUCCCUCGUCACUCGAAUCGAUCAGUGACGUGAUGACGUUACGGUACUCUACUGUCGAACCGGCACUGCUCGCCUGUGAUAUUACAUGUCUCGUAGUACGCGGAUAGACUAUUUAUUGUUCACAAUUGUUUUAUGUAUAGCCGGUAUUUAUUAUUUAAGAUAAUUUAUGAGAGUCUGAUCGUGUCGCGGCGGGCCAAUCGGGAGACGUCAAUAUAGGUGCAUAUAUGGGACCCGCGCUACCGGUCAGGCUCUAUUUGUACUUCAAAUAUUUAUAAUAAAUUAACAAUUAAUA